CUGACAUCUCCCUCACAGCCCUUGCAAGCUAUCAGUGUUCCACUUUUCGACAAUUCAUCUGUUAAAUUGGCAAUUUCUUCUUUAAAUCUGCUUUGUGUCAGGCUUUUCUGGCAUCUUCACUUUUCAUCUAGUCGUAGUCUUGGAUCCAAUUUGAACGUGACCGUUAUCACCAUAUUUCAUUUGAACACACCAACUGGAGAACUAACUAGAUCAUCACCUCUUUCAUUUGAUAGAACAAACGUCGAGCUGCUUCUUCGGACUGGCGUCAACGCUGACGGUCACCUGAGAACUGAUCCUGUAAACUGCAAGGUCGUAGCCAAUAAUGUGGAACUUACGUUGGCAGCAGAAGACAAUGCAGUCGCCAAUUACCUACCAGUUAUCAUCCAUUUUGUUAAGGAACGGAUUGAACAGGUGAUCUGUCCGACAUUCCACGCUGAACUCAUGCCAGUUGUAUCGAAUAGACUUAUGAAUACACCGAUGAGUGCUGCUUUGUUUGAACAUUUCUUCGUUAACUACGGUCUUUUGAGCCCCGUUGAAUAUUCAGACGAGCAUGUUACGUUGAGGCAUCGUGGCAACGCCUUCGGAAUUCUUCGUCAAGGUGUGUGUAGAACACGUCUAAAUGACUUUCGACUGCCAUUUCGUGCAAAUCCGCUUGUGGAGGGUCAAUCGAGUGGUAAAAUGAUCGACUUUAUCUUAUCGAACUACACUAUGUCUAGUCUACUGUUUUGGAUGGAUCAAUACAGGAAAUUCGACUAUGAGAUUAGUAAAGCUGCACAGAACAAUUCGGCAAUAGCUGGUUACCUUAAAACCAACUGUCCGGGUGAUGAUAUUUGUGCCGGCACACUGUUUCCAGCUCUUGGACAACGAUUUCCUGGAGGUGAAGUGAUCAUUAAAUCACAUACAAUCUCCUAUCCUCGGAUGAUCAUUCGCGACGGAAACGCUACCAUCUACAUUGAUUCGCGUGUAGAUGCAUUCGUUCAGCAAGGUGACCGUAUUCGUCGAUUUCUAACAUCAGCAAUGGACGCCGAAGUUAAACUAGAAAAUUAUCCGUUUCGGCCUUACAAAAAACAAUAUUGCUUUUUAUCAUUAAUUCUUUCUCUUUUGAAGGUUUCAUCACUAGUGGACGGUAUUGACGAAGGGUCGUUGGAGUUCUUAGUGAACGCCCUCACUGAACUGAUUCUCAAUGAAGACAUGGCAACAAAAUUGACUGGAGGUAUCCAUUUGCCGAUCAUUUUCGAUUUUGAGCAGACGACAUCAGAAGUGAUUUUUGAGAAGGAUCGAAUUCGCAUUUCGGCUGACUACUGUUUUGGUGACCUGUGCAAAUCGGCUACGUUAUCCGAAAACAAAGACAACGUCGUCGAUUACUAUGAUGUUAUUCAGGGUUGA